CCUCCCCCCCCCCCCCAAUCCGCCUCCACUCACAAGAUCCUGGUACAAAUGCAAAAUUAGCUCCGAGUGUCUUUCCCUUGUUUUUCUCUUACGGCUUGUCCUUCGUUUCAUUUCCAUACUGCAGUUGUACAACCCUCCCUUGUAUUCGUGUUUCAACGAUCGGUAUUAGGUUUUUCUUUUUGUCUUUUAUUUUUAUUUUAGAUCGAGCAGAAUGAAUCGCUGUCAAGAGUUGGCUCUUGAGUCUCGUAUUUACUGCAUACUCUUGUACCAUCGUGCACACAGUUGCUAAUGUUGUCCACCAAUUCGAACCCGCAAUCUCGAAAAUACGCUCAAAUUAGGGAAGAGACGAAGGAGAGUUCCUUCGGGGAGUUUACUUACAUGGAGCCCAUGCACAGGAGCCUUUCAUCGAAGCUCUAUGCUUCGCUGUCCUAUAAGUCGCUCAGAAAAGUAAAAGACUUUGGUGGCUCGGAUGAACAGGAAGAAGCAUUUUCGAAGGAGAAUGGCAACUGGGCCAUCAGGACAUUACCGGAGAGAUGGCGCAUGACAAGAAACCUCGACACCCCGUCGCGAACUUACCAACAAAAGGUCACCAUAGACCUCAGCCUGACAACCUCGUACAGAAAAGAAGGCACCAACUACAUCAUCCGCGGCGAGAUCUUUGACAUCCUGUGGGACAGCAACAUGUUCUCCAACGAGGACUAUUGCCGCGGUUGGUUCGUAGAUGAGCUCCAAAUUCGGUUCCAGCCCUUGUGGAGUCAAGAAGAGAUCGUUUGCGGGGCUCUGUUUCCUCCAACCUCAAACGCUUCAGCCUACUUCGGCAACUCUAAUGCGGUAGGUAUCACAGGAUACAUCUGCCGAAACCCUUCCAUAGCCGUGACCAUGACCAACACAAAAUCUCAACAAACGUCUCAACCUAUGUACAAAUGCAAGUGGGAAAGAGGGCCGAAUGGACGUGUGAGCUUCAUCUGGAAGCUAAACCUAUGGUGCCCAUCCAGCGAUUUGCAAUACCCCAAGCUCUACAACCCAAGCCGAGGCUGGUCCGGAGCCAAAGUGCCGAUGCUGCCUCCAGAUUACGAGAAGGGCAACUUCAAUGGUCUUGACUUCAAGCCGAGCGUGGAGUGGGUUGUACCCGCCGCGAUUGUGCGAGCUGGGCAAGCGGCAUGGUGCGUUACCGUGAGUGCUCACGUCUCUUUUGUAAGCUCCAGGAAACGGUUCAUCCUUCCUAACAACCAAUACUUCGUAGCGCAGUCAUUCAGCAAGUCCAAACCGUGGAGAUUCUCUAAGAGGACGAGCGAUCACAUGGAAGAAUGGCAAUCUCUGUCAUCUUCCUGCCGUCGGUCUGCUCGCCAUAGCCGCAGAAAUUCCUCAUAAGAUGCACAUAUCACAGUUCUAGUUAGUUAAUUGUUGAUACAUAGUUUUUCACCCCUAUGGUUACAACCCAUUGCUGAUGUGGAUCUGUACAUGUUGUAUACUGUACAUUAUGAUUCGGUUUGUCAACAAACCAAAAUACAAGAAACCUAAAAGAAAAAGCAAAAAAGAAAAACACACACGCACAAUUCUGUAAAAUUCUUGGCGCAGUUUAUCAGUUGCAGAUGAUUUCCG